CUCAUCAGCUCAGUGGGGUCUGCAGCCAGCUCUCCUGUUGCUCAGAGAUGAGGAGGCAGUUGCUAAGAGACAGUGAAACGUCAGUACCUGGCCCUCAAGGGGAAAAAGAGGAGGGGUGGCGGGAGAGGGAGAAGGAGGGAAGAGGAGGUGGGGAAAGACCUGGCUGAAAUCAGAGAGAGAGAGAGAGAGAGAGCGCAACAGUAGCUGCAAUUCAAUGAGAAGACUGUCAGAAUCUCUGUCUUUUAGAGGUGCAGAUGAAAGAAAGGAUGAAGGGAAGCAAGAAGCACAGUUGAAUGGGAAGGAACCAGCACAGGAGUCCGCAGCACCAGAGCUGAGCUGAGCUCCAACCAAAAAACAGCCACCCUCUGCUCAGAGUUGCACAGUCAGAGUCUUGUUGCUGCCUGCUGAGAAAGAAGACCAGGCUUAAAGGACAGCAUCACAACCUCUUGCCCUUGGCCUUUGGGAUCCUGUAGCCAUUGUCACACAUGGCUUCCACAUCAGCACUUCAAAGUCAGAGACACCAUGAAUCCGUGCAGCUAUGGGAUUCUGUGGCUCUUUGGUAGUUCCAAACUGAGCAAUGACGGCCAACCUUCUUCCCAGAGAAGAGAAACCACAGACUCCUAAGUGGCUUGUGUCCAGCCAUUGUUCCUCCUCACCUUUCCAAGAGGACACCAGGACAGCAGCACAUGGGAAAUUAAGCAAGGGGAGCCAUUGAACCCUGCAAAGGUCACAUUUUGUUUAUAAAUGCUCCUGUCAAAGGACACCUCAGUGACUCCAGAAGAAGACCAUUUCAAUGCUCGACAAGUGGAGUCACUGGAAACAACAUUUAUGGGCCUGGUUAUAUAUUUUUUCUGGAGUGACAGAAAACUUCUCUGAGAGGCCUAUGUCUCCAGCUAACACAAGGUAAAAAAAAAAGGAACACAUUGUCUCUUAAUUCAAGCUCAAGAUAUGUAAUGCUCAACAAACAUGGGUAAAAACCACACAGAUUAUCUCCAUAGACCAAGGUGGUCACAUGUGCAUGUAUGCAGGUAAAUGUAUUUCUUUCCUCUUCUUCAUCCUCUUACAGUAAAAAGUUUUUUUGGCAGCUAAAUAAAACUACCAGAAAUCAUCAGCUUCUGGCCCAUUUACAGCCCUUUUUUGGCACAUUGUUCUCCCAUAGGUGCCUCAAGAGCAGGACAAAUAGGGGUUCAAUGUCCUCCCAUCCUCCCAGUCAGAAUGUAGCAGGCUUUCUGUAUUGGUGGCUCCCAUUUGCUGGGCUGCAUCCCUGCCAACUGCUCUCCCCAUCCUGAUUGGCCUUCCCUCUGCCAUGUAGCCUCUAGCUUGCCAAAAUGAACGCCCACUGUGUCCAGCUGGGAGGAGAGCAGCUUGCACCCCACUGCUGCCCUGCCAUGAUACUGAGCCCUUUCCUUGUGGCAGCGGUGGUGGUCUUUGCCAGUGCCGUCACCGGCUGCCCGGUCCUGUGCACAUGCCGCAGCCAGGUUGUGGAUUGCAGUGGGCUUCGGCUCUUUUCGGUGCCGCCAGACCUUCCGUUGGACACCAGGAACCUGAGCCUGGCUCACAACCGCAUCGCUACCAUUCCUCCCGGAUACCUGACCUGCUAUUCCGAGCUGAGGGUGUUGGACUUGCGGAACAACUCCCUGGUCGAGUUGCCCACUGGACUCUUUUUGGCAUCCAAGCGCCUCUCCCACUUGGACUUGAGCUACAACAACUUGACUCACGUGGUGGCUGACAUGUUCCAAGAGGCCUACAACCUGGUGCACAUUGACUUGAGCCACAAUCCCUGGCUGAGGAAGGUGCACCCCCAGGCUUUCCGAGGCUUGGUCCAACUGCGUGACCUUGAUCUCAGCUAUGGGGGCCUGUCUUUCCUCAGCCUUGAAGUCCUGGAGGGUCUCACAGGCCUGGUGACUCUUCAGAUUGGAGGCAAUCCCUGGGUGUGUGGUUGCACCAUGGAGCCACUUCUGAAGUGGUUGAGAAAUAGGAUCCAGCGAUGCAUGUCAGAUACUGAGUUGGCGGAGUGCCGGGAGCCACCCGAAGUGGAAGGAGCCCCUUUGUUUUCACUGACGGAGGAGAGCUUCAAGGCCUGCCACCUGACCUUGACACUGGAUGACUAUCUCUUCAUUGCCUUUGUGGGCUUUGUCGUCUCCAUUGCUUCUGUGGCCACCAAUUUCCUGCUGGGCAUCACUGCCAAUUGCUGCCACCGCUGGAGCAAGGCGAGUGAGGAUGAGGAGAUGUAGCCACACGGCCUGCUCCUUCCUGCUGCUCCUGCGCCGCCCACUGCCAGGGGGGAGCCAAGGGCUAUCAAGUUCAGGGAAAGCGAAGUGACUUGUCUUUUCCCUGGUGUGCCAUUUCCUUGGGCCUACCCCGUAACCACCAACCCCUGUACAACAGCAGCAGAUUGCCGCUCACCAAUCUUUCUGAGGGCUCAUUCAGACUUCCUUUCAUGCUGUGCUUCUAGGCACAAUCCACACUUGAAAGAGCUGUGUCCAAGUGCUCCCACCACUGAAAACCCGCUCUGAACCAGAGCAAAUGGCAAUCUGCAGAAAAUCUGUAUUGCCAGUUCAGGCAACCAACCAACAAAGUUCUCCAGCCUGUGCUUGAAGAGCAGAUUUUCGGGGGGGGGAGUGCUUGGACAUGGCACUCUAAAGUGCAGACCUAUGCCUAGAAAGUACAGGGUGAAAGGUAAGUGUGACUGAGCCCUUACUAGGUACAGGGGAUGGGGCCAGCCAGGGUAGGGAGAUUGAAGUGUGCCUUGUACAAUCCUCUUCGCACUGGAAACAGCCAGCAAGCCAUGUCCUGGAAAACGACCGAAAGACAUUGAUAGACACUCGAACCAUUCACCAUCCUUUGCUUUCCUCAUCUCUCAUGCCUUGUUGCACCUUUCUCAGUCAAUGCCUUGAAUGCACGGCUGUAGCAUAAACACACUUUUGCACAUGCACAUCACACUGACUGGCCUGGGAAAAUCAAAGGUUUCCUCUUUGGAGGUCUGAAGCGCUCUGUUUCUCGAACCAUCCCAUCCCAUCAUUGCAUACAUUCUUUCCCAAGCAUGAAAGAACUGUGUUUUUAAAACCAUUCUUAACAAGUCCCAGUGGCCCAGUCUCUCAAUCUAUUCUUAUUUGCAGCAGUGCCAUCAAGCUCCCCAAGCAGAUUUUGGAGACCCCAAAAAAUAUGAGGGCCAGAGAACCCACCUCAGAUAAAACUACUUUCCAGUCCAACUGCUAAUCAUUUAGCAUAGAUGGUGCUACGAUUUAUACAAGUGUUUCCUGCUUUUGUGACUGGCUCCUUGAAAGCUGUAUAUGGCUUUUGGGUUAGGUGGCCUUUCGUGGAGUCCUUCCCCCUGAGAAGAAUCUCCCUCUAUAAGUGGCCCACAGAGAAUCACUAUAUCACAGGAGGGGAAACCUUAAAACAAGUUCCCUUGCCAGUAGUGUUUAGCUCAGAAGGUAGGAGACAGUGCACAGUCUAGCCAAGUUGGUCUGAAGUGUACAUGGCUGAGGUUAGACCAAGGCUACAGACCAGAGCCGAUUAUAUUGGCAGACUCCCUUUGAAAUUAACCAUGAACGGAAAAAAUAUAGGCUACAAAGGGGAAACCCAAAGCUGCCAAUGCUAAAACUUUUCUGGAGAAUGAUGUUUUUAAUGGGGAUAACGUGGUAAGAUCUUGCCCAAGGAGUGAAGGGCUGCCUUGUUUUUUGAAACAUCUAAGGAUAUGAUAUAUUAUGGUUUGCAAAUCCUCCCUAGUAUCUGCAGCUUUGUUUUUCCUCAGAACUGUUUUAGACUAAUUUGGCGAGGCAAACAUUCCUGGUUGCAGAUUCCUAUUACCCCAGAAGGAAUGAGUGUUCAAGCACUUUAAGGGUGCUUCCAGACUUGUUUCUUGAACAUUUGUCCUUCCUAAUUUGUUUCCAGGGAGAUUAGAUGCCGCUGGCAAUUUAUUCAUUCUGAUUUGUUCGCAGGGAGGUUAGACAACGUUGUAACAUCACAAAGCAAAUGUUACAUGCACCAGUGCACUUUCCUGUCACUUAUGGGGGGGGGGAGCGAAUCCAGUUGACUAGAAUUGUGCAACCUGAAUUUGCCAGUAUGUGAUUGAAUCCCACCCUAAAAUAGCAGCCUGUUUGUCCCUGGUUUGAGAGUUGUUCUUUUGUUGUUGCACUCAAAGCUCGGGCAGCAGGUGGUGCUACAAGUCAGGGCUGAAAGCAGCAAGGCACAGUCCAAGUGAGGGGGAGCUUGGAAGGACUUGUGAAGCUUAGGUCUGCUGGAGACUGCUUGUUUCUCUUGAUCACAACCAACAAUUCUGGAGGGAAGAAAGUUUGCAUUGGAAGGGAAGGUGACUCUGGCCAAAGCCAUCUGAUUCUCACGGCCCUUUGCUGUCUCCAUUCAUGCAGCAUCCCCCAGAACAUUUUCAUCUGCCAUUAUCCUUGCAAAGCCACCAAGGUGCGAGCAAAGGGGCAAAUUCAUAUGGGAGUAUAAAAAGAGGCAAUGCAUUUCCCAGGUCACAUAGGAAGCCUGUGUCAGGGGCGGGAUUCAAAUUGAAUUCAUCUCAACUUCAACCAUUACAUACACAGUCUUCAGUCUGCAAAUCCGGCUCCUAUAAAUUGGUCUGAAGACCAGACGAAUGCAGCCAAGGACCUUCAUCGAUGACUGCGCAUCAUUGUUCCCAUCCAGACUCGCCGUGCCAAGGCUCAUAGCAACAAAGCCGGACAUGAGGAUUCUGAUGCCUAGCUGGCGUGUUAAACUAUAAGACCACAGCCAAUGUUCCCUGCUGGGGAACCACCUUAUAAAGCCUAUAACUAUCUCUUAGAGAUUUCUGUGUGCGCUGAGCAUAGCUAACGUAUUUUGAAACUUGUACUUUUUUUAGGUUUUGCAUAGAAAUAGGACCAAACAAGAGACUGAAUGCUGCAGGGAUGGGGGGAUUGGAGAGAGGAGGGUGGGAGGACAGAGCACUUCCACUGUUCUCACCCAGUCUCACCCAAAUCAGGAAGACAGCAGGUAAAACUGUCCUUAAAGGGCAGGAUCUUUUCAGAGUGCAUUCACAUAACCAUCAUUUCUUCAUGUGCCAUGCUAGGAUCUUUCCCCCUCAAACACUCCAUGGUGAGAUCAGCUUGGAGUUGAGUGUUUUCACCAACCGCAGCUGACCUUUUCAUUCCUUAGGGUGAGGCAACCUGCAUCAGGCAGAGGAUGUCAGGCAGCAAGUUGUCAAUCAUUUAUAUGGAUGGUGAUGAUCAAUUCAACCAUGAGGGAAGCACUUCAGUGUUCAGCUUCAGACAUCAGAACGUGUUGGACUAUCUCGGACACUGUUAUAGAUUCAGGAAACCUAAGAAAUUGUCACAUGCCCUUCACAAAAAUCACAUUUUCACACUGAUCUCACUACCAAGUGAUGGGGAGCACUGUGACGGGGGGGGUGAUAUCAAAUGACCCUAAAUGUUUGCCUUUAUGUGAUUUUCAGGAUCUGGAAACUGGUUUAUUCAGGGCUAAAUUCUGAUAGGCCUUCAUUCGCGAGCUAGAAUUGCAUUAUUGUUCCCAUACCCUGUAGUGAAUUGCCUGUAUUUAGCUGUCAUGAACUGCAGAGGACUAUUUCAAGGUGCACUUAAGGAUCUCAGCCCCACUGCAGUUUUUUAUUGGUAUUGGCUUGGUUGUCCCUCUGAUGGCCACACUGAGAAAAUGGGCUUUCACUCUAGAGUUGCAGAAAAUAGAACAACGUCCGCAGAUAGCCAUGGCUAAGGGCAGCUCUCAGUUCAUACUGAAAGUUCAUGCCACCCAAGUGAAAAUAAUAUUUGGAGAUCUUUCCAACAGAAAAAAGCAACAUAGGUCUGCUCUAGUUAAACACAACUACUACUACUACUACAUAGAAUGGCAUCUGGUACUUCUUUUUCUAUUAUGUAUAUUGAGAAUAAUGUCUGCUGGCCUGUGAUAAGUAGGUUCCUCUCUUUCUUGUAGUUUUGCACAGCAAUGCAAAACAGUAGAUCUCAUUCAUCCCAGCAAGACUGACAAAAAAAGAUUUUUGUCCAAUCUUUCCAAAACUCAUUAAAAUAACAAGCAUCAUUUAUACAUCA